GGAGGAGGGAGCUAGAACUCCAGGGUCAGAAGGAGGAGGGUCCAGAUCCCUGCCACCUUGGCGACUGGGUUGAUCCAGCUGGAGCAUUGGCUUCUCCACCCUUCACAUGCCCCCUUAUCUCCCAUUCUGGGUAGGGGAGGAGACAGCAGUAUAUUUAGUCUCUGUCCUCAACCCUUAUCUCAGUGUCCUCAGUGAGGCUUGAGCAGCCCAGAGGGGACUGAACAUUGUCUAGAGACCUCCAAGGUCAACAGAGACACCCACUCCCGGACCCCCCAGGAGCCUCUUGCCUACUUUCUCUGCCCCCAGAGAUCAUGGCUGAUGAAAACAGCGCAGCUGGGGAGUCCCAGCCCAUGCCUGCCCCUGUUCGACGACGCUCCUCUGCCAACUAUCGAGCCUAUGCCACGGAGCCGCAUGCCAAGAAAAAGUCCAAGAUCUCCGCUUCCAGGAAACUUCAGCUGAAGACUCUGAUGCUGCAGAUUGCAAAGCAGGAUAUCGAGCGGGAGGCAGAGGAGCGGCGAGGAGAAAAAGGACGGGCUCUGAGCACCCGCUGCCAGCCUCUGGAGUUGGCUGGGCUGGGCUUCGAAGAACUUCAGGACCUAUGCCGACAGCUCCAUGCCCGAGUGGACAAGGUGGAUGAAGAGAGAUAUGAUGUGGAGGCAAAAGUCACCAAGAACAUCAAAGAGAUUGCAGAUCUGACCCAGAAGAUCUAUGACCUGCGUGGCAAGUUUAAGCGGCCCACCCUGCGAAGGGUGAGGAUCUCUGCAGAUGCCAUGAUGCAGGCUCUGCUGGGGACCAGGGCUAAGGAGUCCCUGGACCUUCGGGCCCACCUCAAGCAGGUGAAGAAGGAGGACACUGAGAAGGAAAACCGGGAGGUGGGGGACUGGCGCAAGAACAUCGAUGCACUGAGUGGAAUGGAGGGCCGCAAGAAAAAGUUUGAGGGCUGAGACCUCGUCUUGCACCUGUGCAUUGAGAAAGGCCUUGAAUAAUAAACUUUCUCUCUGAACUGA